UUCUACUUCUUUCGCCGGUGAAGAGCUUGCAAAAGUAUUCUUAAAUCCUUGCAAUCGAAAGAGUUUAUACGGGAAGAUUUGCUUUCCGUUUUUAACUAUAGCGGGAAGGAAGUGAAAGAACUUCUUCUUCCGUCUUAGCUUUGAACGCGAAAAUGAAACGAGAACACGUGUUGAGCUGUAAUUUUUCAGUGUGGUACCCCAAGUUCAAGAACAUUACGAUCAGAAGUCGGGUAAUUCCUCUUUCGAAGGAGUUUGUUGAUUAUUUAAAGGCUGAUAACGUUGUUUUGCCUGGUCAACCUGUCGUCACGAGAGAUUCAGACGAAGAAAUCGAGAGCGACUCCGAAGAAUGGCAGGCUUUGGACGAAGAUCCAAACGAACACACGAUCACAACUCCCGAAUUCAAUGAAAUUGAUUCUGCAAUCAAAGAAGCUAUAAUUGAAUUAGACGGGGCUGUCUUCCCUAAAUUGAACUGGAGCUCUCCACUGGACGCUUCUUGGAUUUCUUGUGAUGGAACACUGAAAUGCAAGUGUCCAAAUGACAUCUAUCUUCUACUCAAGAGCUCUGAUAACAUAUGCAGAACACUCUUUGAAACUUUCAAGCACUGUGAAGAUGGAGAAGGAGCGUUGGAGAAUGGCUUUGAGCUUGUACUUCGGAAAUGGAAGGAUAUCAAUCCAGGAAUGGAAUUCCGGUGUUUUGUGAAAGACCACAAGCUGAUUGCGAUCUCCCAAAGAGACAUUGCAAGCUGUUAUGAAUUCAUUGAACAAACUGAACAGGAUAUUUGUAGUGAUAUAGCAAACUUUUUCAAGGGCAAAAUUGCUUAUAAAUUUCCUGACAGUUCUUACACAUUUGAUGUGUACAGAUCUGCAGGUCAGAAGGUUUUACUGAUUGAUUUUAAUCCAUUUGGGGCUCAAACAGACCCCUUGUUUUUCACAUGGGAUGAACUCAGCGAUCCUUCCAUGUCCGUCAGUGAUAAUGAUGAUGAGUUUAAAGGUGUGUUUAAGUACGUAACAAGUGCAGGAGGGGUGCAGCCUAAUGCAUCUCACUUAAGCAGAAUGCCGACUGACAUUGUUGAUUUAGCCUGUGGCAAUGACAUCAAUAAAUUAGUUGAUCUUCUGAAUUUAAGAAAUUUGAUUGGACGUUCUGGCGAUGAAUCAGAUGAGGACCAAUGAAAGUGGAAAAUGGAAAAAUGUACUACUGCACAGUCUAGACUGAAAAGAAUGUCAUGUAGAUUUCAUUUGCGCAUCAUUUAAAUUAAGCUUUUAACAAGAGAGGUCAUGUAAUAUACAUGUACUGGUGAGGCAUCCUGAAAGUUUCACAAAUGCUUGAAUACUGUAAUUCUUGAUAAAAAUUACUGAAACAUUGCAUGAAAAAUAAAUUUUGUCCAAUACUGCAAACCUUAAUGUCCCCAGUAAGGUCUUCUGUCACAUUUGACAAGACUGUAGCUGUUGAAAAGAGAAAUAAAAUUAUGUUUUAAACACAAGAAUAAACUCCUUUGUUAGGGUAUUAGUCUCCUCUGCAGCUGUUAUUAGGGUCGUCACACAACGCUUCUCCCCCACUAACUAUAUGAUACCUUGGGAAAUAGCUGAAACUCUUCAUGGUUAUUGAUAGUUCAGUUCUUGCUUUCUAUCCAUCAUCCAACAAUAUGCUCCUGCUCCUAUUCUCGUCCACAAUGACUCUCUCACAAUUACAAGAGUUCUCACUUGCAUUCAUUUUGCAGAUAGGUCUUUUUAUUGUAUAGAAAU